AUGGAACGUUACGUUUUCUAUGCCGACGUCAAAACUUCGCUUGCCGACAAGGCAGUUGCCGCUCUGCUGCCCCAGCCUUUCAAGACUGUGGAAAACAAGUCCGGGUUCGAGCCUUGGAACAAUGGUUUUGAAAUGGGUUACAUCUUUACGCAAAACGACCAAGCUAUACCAAUCGACUUGCAGACCAGCAUGGAGUCUAUAUUCCCUGCCUCCAGCUUCACGGCCACUCUGAACUCCAGCCACACGCCCUUCCUCAGCAUGCCCAAGAUUCUUGGGGACGUCAUCCAGCAGGCGGCGCAAGUAGCGGUUACCAAGAAGGCAGCUUAA